AUACUAGCCUAGAGAUUUGCGCUGCUACCAUAGCAUGUGCUACAGGUUGCAAAUACUAUAUAUCUAAACACUCGCCUACGAAUAUACCACAAGCACAAUUCUCAUUAUUAUCUCUUGCAUCAAAGAGUAGAUAAAACCACCUCAAUCCGCCCCACGCGCCGGCUUAUAGCUAUGGCGCACCACCACUUCCUCCUCGUGUCUUAUCCGGCACAAGGCCACAUCAACCCAAGUCUUCAAUUCGCCAAGCACCUCGUUCAGCGCGGCAUGCAGGUCACUUUCGUAACCAGCGUGUCCGCUCAACGUCGCAUUUCUACGAACAGUAUCGAAAUCCCCGAUGGGCUGAAGUUUGCUCCCUAUUCUGAUGUUCACGAUGGGGGGCGGAAGUCGGGAGACGACCAGAGUAACUUCUUUUCCGAAACCAGAGGUAACAGCUCUGAAAGGCUUAGAGAUAUCAUCGCGACUAGUGCCGAGGAAGGUUGUCCGGUUUCGUGCUUGGUCUACAGUUUUCUCUUUCCUUGGGCGGCAAAGGUGGCGUGUGACUGUCGCGUCCCCUCAUCGCUUCUUUGGAUUCAACCAGCCGCAGUUUUGGGUAUCUACUACUACUACUUCAAUGGCUAUAAAGAGGCCAUUGCCGAAAGUAGCGAUGACCCCUCAUGGUCCGUUGAAUUACCGGGAUUGCCACCGCUCCACGCCCGUGACCUUCCCACUUUUAUGGUUUCUUCAACCUCUGACCGCGCCUCAAAUUUCAUACUGCUGAUAUUCAAAGAGCUUAUAGAAGCGCUCGAUGAUUCCGAAACAACCCCUACAAUCCUUGUAAACACCUUCAAUACCUUAGAGCCGGAGGCUUUGAAAGUCAUUGAAAAGUACAAUCUGAUUGCCAUUGGGCCAUUAAUUCCGUCGGCUUUCUUGGGCGGAAGAGAUCCUUUAGAAAAUUCGUUCAGAGGAGACCUCUUUCAGAAAACGAAGGACUAUACCGAAUGGCUGAACUCAAAACCCGAAUCAUCGGUUAUCUACGUAUCAUUUGGAAGCAUUGUGAAUGUUCAAAAGGAGCAAAUGGAAGAGGUAGCCCGCGGUUUGUUGGAAACCGGUUGUCCAUUUUUGUGGGUCAUAAGAACAAAAGAAAACGGAGAAGAAGAAAAGGAAGAAGACAGGCUAAGUUGCAUGGAAGAGCUAGAACAGCAAGGGAAGAUAGUGCCUUGGUGUUCUCAAUUAGAAGUUCUAUCGCACCCUUCCUUGGGAUGUUUCGUCACGCAUUGCGGAUGGAAUUCCACGCUGGAGAGCUUGGCGUCCGGGGUACCGGUGGUGGCAUUUCCUCAUUGGUCGGAUCAAGGGACGAACGCAAGGAUGAUGGCCGACGUGUGGAGGAUUGGCGUGAGAGUGACGAAAAAUGAAGAAGGAAUAGUUACGAGUGGUGAGGUUAAGAGGUGUAUAGAGAUUGUCAUGGGGGGUGAGGAGAUAGGGGAGGAAAUGAGGAGAAAUGCUAAAAAAUGGAAGGAUUCGGCUAUAAAAGCCGUGAAGGAAGGUGGAUCUUCAAGUGAGAAUCUCAAUGCUUUUCUGGAUGAGUUUGGAGGAGACUAGUUGUGGGUAACUUUUGGAGAACUUUCAACGUUUGCAGUUUGUUAUUUUGUAUUAAUUUCCCUUUUUUUUUCCUUCUUAUUUGUUUUUUAUUUUUUUGUUUUUGGUUAAGAAUUUGAAGAUUGGUAGAUCAGUAUCAAAACUUGAUGGAUUUAAAGUAUGACAGCCGUUGAGUGAUAUGAUCAAUUUCACGUACAAAAACACAUUAAAUAAUAUCAAUCCUAGUUUGGAUAACAA